AUGGAGGCGAAGAAGGGUGAAAUUGCUUCUAAUAAAAACCCUAAAAAGGCAAAUCUUUUGGAUCACCAUUCCAUCAAACACAUCCUCGAUGAAUCUGUCACUGAGAUCGUGAAGAGCAAGGGGUACCCUGAAGAUGUUAGGAUGAGUAACAUUCGGUUGUUGAUUGGGACGAUCAUCAUUAUUAUUGCACUUUUUGCGCAAUUCUACAACAAGAAGUUUCCCGAGAAUCGGAAUUUCCUGAUUGGAUGCAUUAUCUUGUAUAUUGUAUUCAAUGGGAUAUUGCAGCUGAUUAUAUACAUCAAGGAAAAGAACGCAAUUCUAUUCACCUAUCCUCCAACUCGAUCUUUCCACACUACUGGCUUAGUCAUCACUUCUAAGUUGCCGAGAUUCUCAGAUAAGUAUACGCUUAUAAUAGCAAGUGCGGAUCCCAAAUCAAUAUCUGCAAAGCCACCAGUUGAAUUUACUAAAAGCGUCACUCAGUGGUUCACCAAGGAAGGAGUUCUGGUGGAAGGCCUGUUCUGGAAAGAUGUCGAGGACCUAAUAAACAAGUAUGCUGAAGAAACUAAAAAGAGCAAGUAG